GGCCUUCAAGGAGGGUCGAGAUGUAGCCAUAGAUGGAAGCCGGUACUUUUAAAAAUGGCGCCAAACUAAAACCGAUAUAGGCGGUUCUCACUUCCCUGCUUUUUCCUUGCGCUAUUGUAAAGUAACUGAACAUGCAGUUUUAAGCAAAAUAUAAAUAAACAUACAAAAUACGCAAUGCCUAAACUUGCAUUGUCAUUAAAGACCAAAAACCAAACAUAUACAAAUUAAAAUCAUUUUCGGUUAGGCCGAAUUGAAACAGUGAGAACAGUAGUAUAUUGGGUUGUUCUAUAUUGUGAUGUUCUGUUAUCGAAAGUCUCUUGUGGCGCCACUUUUCGGUAAUCGUCGCUUUUUUGUUAAUAACAAAAGCGUAAACAGCAUGUGCGAAUCGGUUUUUCCGGCGGAUCAGCGCAAUGUGGAGGUGAAGGCACGGAUUCCGGGUGGAUCUGAGGGUUUUGAGAAGCGCCUAGUCCUGGCCAGAAACCUGAGCGGCAGUCAGGAUGCGCAGUUAAUCGAGCAGCGGGACGUGUUCUUUGAAUCUCCGCUGGGUGGGCGACUAAAGUUGCGCUACUUGCAGGCGCCAGCGCGCUCCCAGUUGGUCUACUACGAUCGUCCGGAUGUGGCCGGUCCCAAGCUUUCCAAGUUCAACAAGACGGAGGUGGACGAGCCGGAGGUGCUGGAGAAGAUCCUGCGCCAGUCGAACGGCGUCCUUGGUGUCCUGGCAAAGCGGCGGCACUUAUUUCUUUGCGGACAGACGCGCAUUCACCUGGACGAGGUUAGGGAUCUGGGACACUUCAUGGAACUGGAGGUGUGCCUGUCAGAGAAACAAACCCUCGAGGAGGGUCAAGCCAUCGCCGAGAAACUGUCCAGAGAACUGGGUAUUCAGGAGGAGGACCUCAUGACCGGGUCGUACUUCGACGCCCUCAGAAAGCUCAAUCAUUAAGCGUGAAAUGUUUUUGUAUAUGAACUUUAGGUUAACUACUUUCCCAAAAAUGGGACUCUACCUUGUAACAUAGAAUCAUCCACAUUUGUUAUCCAUACAACAUUCUGUGAGGCAAACAUAAAGUAUAUAUGAACUUUCAAUAAAAAAUGUAUAGCCACUUUAUAGCAA